AUGAAUAGCACCGGCAAUACCGUGGACAAUAUCACCAGCAGCAUGGAUAAUGUCUAUUUGACAGAUGCUACAUACACGGUCUACCUCGUCAAACGAGAAAACCAAUCCUCUCACCCCGAAGGCGAUUUGGCCAUCUUCGUCAAAACUGAAAUAGAUGCCGGCGACAUUCAAGCGUUUAAGGCUGCCGACGACCACAUUCAAUACUACAGAGUGGCCAUCCGGGUUGACGAGAUAGGAGAGAGCCUAAUGUCAAUAGGCACCACCCUUGCCCGGGAUUAUCCUGGUAGUUGGGAUGAGGCGCUAAAGCAGCUGUCUUUGGAAGCCAAGGAGUCCAACCAGCAGUUGGCUCUCUCGCCUUCAGCACUUAAGGUCUCUCGGUGGAGUCAGCUGGCCAGAGCCGCGCUCAAAAACGCUGGGACUUUAAAAGAGUUUGAAGCUGCUCCAAUCACAUUUCGUGUUGAAAGUUGA